AUGACACUGGAUAUAAGUGAGGUCUCACUUGAUGAGGCUGAGGAGGAAAAACCAAUGGAGGUGGAGGGUCAACUGGGAGAUGAUGCCGGGGUUGUUGGCAGAGGUGCUGAGGGAGAUGGUGGAGAUGCUAAUGGGGCUGUUGGUGGUGGUGGUGCUGGUAGAGGUGCUAGUGGAGCUAGUGGUGGUGUUAGCAAAGGUGCUGGUGGGGUUGGUGGUGAUGCUGGUGGUGUUCCACCACUUGACCCACAGACUAUGGGUUCCACUGUUGCCUCUUCCCGUAGCACUAGGGACGUGAGACCUUAUGGUCACAAUGAUGUGAUGGCCCACCUGGACACCACCACAAACCUUUUAAGGAGGAUGGAUAACCGGCUUGAGAGCAUGGACAGUAAUUACUAUCUCAUAGACAAUAGGGUGGCCUCCCUUGAGGCAUAG